GCUGACUGAGCGCGCUCAGAGAGAGGGAAGGGGAGGAGAGGCGAGGAGACGUGAGCAGGACCUGGGGACAGGAGGCUGUUUUCACACGCCACCACACAUCAGUGCUCAAUGUGCCAUGCUCACUGACGUCUCGCAGGGAUGGCUAUAGUGAGCAUUGUGGCCAGGGAGAUCCUGGACUCCAGAGGAAACCCAACGGUGGAGGUGGACCUCCAGACGGAGAAAGGUCUCUUCAGGGCUGCGGUGCCGAGCGGAGCGUCCACGGGGAUCUACGAGGCUCUGGAGCUCAGAGACGGUGACAAGAGCCGCUUCAAGGGCAAAGGAGUUCUCAAGGCCGUCGGGCAUAUCAAUGACACCAUAGCUCCAGCCCUUAUCCAAUCAGGCAUCGGUGUUGAGGAGCAGGAGAAACUGGACAACAUGAUGAUCGAGAUGGACGGCACAGACAACAAGUCUAAGUUCGGAGCCAAUGCUAUCUUAGGUGUCUCUUUGGCCAUAUGCAAAGCUGGUGCCGCACAGAAAGGUGUCCCCCUGUACCGCCACAUAGCUGACCUGGCAGGAAACACAGACCUGGUUCUUCCCGUUCCUGCAUUUAAUGUUAUAAAUGGAGGCUCCCAUGCAGGAAACAAACUAGCUAUGCAGGAGUUUAUGGUGCUUCCUGUUGGGGCCGAGUCCUUUCGCGAGGCGCUCCGCAUUGGGACGGAGCUCUACCACACCCUGAAGGUGGUCAUACGGGAGAAGUACGGCCAGGAUGCCAUCAACGUGGGAGACGAGGGGGGCUUCGCCCCCAACAUCCUGGAGAACAGUGAGGCUCUGGAGCUGCUGAAGACAGCCAUAGAGCAGGCCGGAUUCACUGACAAGGUGGUCAUCGGGAUGGACGUGGCCGCCUCUGAGUUCUACUGCGAGGGGAAAUAUGACCUGGACUUCAAGUCCUCACCCAACCCAGAACGCCACAUCACUGCAGACGAGCUGUCCCAGAUCUACCAAGGCUUCGUCAACAACUACCCAGUGGUGUCUAUUGAAGACCCCUUUGACCAGGACGACUGGCCUGCCUGGUCCCAACUGACCUCUGCUGUGGGUAUCCAAAUAGUUGGGGAUGACCUGACGGUGACCAACCCUCGGCGGAUUCAGCGCGCCAUAGAGGAACGUGCCUGCAACUGCCUGCUCCUCAAGGUCAACCAGAUUGGCUCUGUAACAGAGGCCAUAAAGGCCUGUAAGCUGGCACAGGAGAACGGCUGGGGUGUGAUGGUCAGUCAUCGCUCAGGGGAGACUGAGGACACCUUCAUUGCUGACCUGGUGGUGGGAUUGUGCACCGGACAGAUCAAGACUGGGGCCCCUUGUCGAUCUGAACGACUGGCCAAAUAUAACCAGCUCAUGAGGAUCGAGGAAGAGUUGGGUGACCAAGCUCGCUUCGCAGGACACAACUUCAGAAACCCAAGUGCCAUCUGAACGUCGUGAUCUCCCAGCGCACCGACAUCCAGCAGUCACCACUGCCCACGAAAAACACUCGCACAGCACAGACACAGACACAGACACAGACACAGACACAGACACAGACACAGACACAGCACCAACAGCCCGGACACACCCAGCACAAUACACAGCAUAUCAAUAACAAUAGAGCACGGAUGGAAUAAGACGCACUUGAUCAUAAUUAUGUACCACUGACAAGCAAGAGUGCUUUUCAAAGAUCACCACAUAAAUAGAAAUCCUGUGAUGUCCCACUGCAGUGGCCUCUGUUCAAUUUGUGCCGUCCUUCCUCGACUAUUGGCGUACAUCUACAUAAUGAUCUACUUUGUGUCUGAAAACCUGUUCCAGUCAUCAAACUAGUGCUUUCAUUUGCUACGUCUCUUCUUCACUGUCCUUUUUUUCUCAGUCUCUCUGUCCGUCUCUCUCUCUCUCUCUCUCUCUCUCUCUCUCCUGGUGUGUCUCUUUUUUCCGCUGAGUUUCUUUCUCUCCCCCUCUUCCUCUCUCCAUCUCUCUUACAAAGUGUCUCUUUCUCAGAUAACAGCUGACUCUGGAAACAGUCCAGGUCUGUCCUGGUGUGGAAGUAGGCACGGAUCAGCUGGUCCAGUGUCUGUGGCUGUUUGGGUGGCUUUGUUGUCCUCUAGGUUUCUGUGAACUUUCCCCUCUCUCGCUCUCCUCAGUCAUCAACCAACAUUUCCAUUUAGCAUCUCAUCUCUCCUGCUCUUAUUCUAAAUCCAGUGAUGUGUGUACAUAUCGUAUUGCAAAAAGUAUGGCCAAUGAAAUGCAUCCUCUUU